AUGAAACGUGAAGACAAUCAAUCAAUAAAAUAUAUAUUUGAUCUGUAUAAAUGGCGUCAAAUUAUCGAACAAGAACUCAAGUCGUUAAAGAAAGAUGAGACACUAUGGUGUGACAUACCAGUUGAAUUACAAUUCCUAGCUAAGGCUUUGUAUCAACAGUAUAGAAUGAAUAAUUAUGCUCGUUUACCAUGUCAUGUGAUAUACUCAUCACGUACAACAUUAGAAGAUGUUAAAUGUAGCUAUAAUAGACAAAAUCAAGCAUAUUUCGAAUGUAAACGUGGCUUUUCAUUGGAUUUAUUUCUUAGUAAAUCUGAAAAAUAUUCCUAUCCAUCGCUCAUUGCUGAUCCUGACUUACCAUUUUCAAGCUAUGCAUACAUAAGUGUCUUAAAUAAUCAAUAUCGAAGUUGUAGUAGUAUGUGGGGAUUCGAAUUCAAUUAUGAACCUAUUAUUUAUUAUCCGUGGAUGGCUGAUCGUGACAAAUUAAAAUUGUUUGAUGUAACUUUUGGUUAUGAUCGAUCAAUUUAUGAUUUUCCUCCACGUCCUCAUCUUUUCUCGUAUGUUGAACAACUGAAGUUCACUUCACAAAGAUUAUCAUUUCAAGAAACAAUGAGCAGUAAAAAACUGAUUCAUUCUGUUAAUAUGUCAGAUGUUUAUUGGACUAAUUUAUUAAUGAAAUCCAUCAGACAAAACAAAACGAUUAAUACAUCAUAUAUUAGAGCACCAAUUAUGUGGAUGAACAGUAAUUGUAAUGCAAAAUCACGGCGUACCCAAUACAUGAAGAAGUUGAUGAAAUAUAUUGAUGUCGAUAACUACGGCAAUUGUGGAGAGAAGAUUCGGCAGUUACCAGAGCACAUCGUCAAAAUUCAAGGCUCUCGAAAUCGAACUUUGAAACAUAUUGCUACUUAUAAGUGGGAAGCAGGAAAACUAGCAUUAUCGAGAGAUUAUUUAUUUACUAUCGCGAUUGAGAAUAGUCUAACUUAUGAUUAUAUAUCAGAAAAAUUAUGGCAUUCGUUAGCAGCUGGAAGUAUACCUAUUUAUCUUGGAGCUCCAAAUUUUUACGAUUGGUUACCAUGUCGAACAGAUUGUAUAAUCGAUUUGAGAAAAUUCGAAACACCAAAAGAUGCAGCUAUAUUUAUAAAAAGUGUUGCAAAAAACAAAACAUUAUAUGAAAGUUAUCAUCAAUGGCGAAAAGAACCUGUCUCCGACAAUUUCCAGAACAUACUCGACUACUAUGCAAGAUCUAGUAAUCAUACUUUGGAUUGUGCUCUUUGUGAAAUGUCUCACCGUGUUGGCCAAGGAGAAGAUUCAAAGAAAAUUAAAAUUGAUCUAAAGAAUAGAAUUGGUAGUUUCUGA